AUGCCUCCUAUAAUCUAUAUGUUUACUUAUAUCUUAUAUCUUAUAUCUUAUAUCUUACAUCUUACAUCUUACAUCUUAGUUCUUAUCUUUAUAUCUAUAUAUACAUCUAGAUACUUUUCUAUUCUUAUUUCUAGAUCCUUUUCUAUCUAUAUAUUCAUAUAUGUACUUUCUAUUUUAUCUUUAUAUUAUUCCUAUAGUGUUACCCUAUUCUAUUCUUAUAUUCUUAUAGAUGUUAUACCUUUAUACCUUUAUACUAUUCUAUUCCUCUUAUACCUUUAUACCUAUAUAGAGUUAUACCUUUAUACCUUUAUACCUUUAUACCUUUAUAGUCAAGAGUGGCCGAGUGGUCCAAGGCGGCAGUUUAAGGUACUGUUCUCUUCGGAGGCGUGGGUUCGAACCCCACCUCUUGCAUUUUACUAUAUUCUAUCUUUAUGUACCCUUUUAUAUCUAUAUAUAUGUCACUUAUCACUUUAUAACUUAUGUUAUAUAUUAAACUUUAUCAUUUCUACUUUUCUACUUUUCUACUUUAUUCCUUUAUAUCUAUAUCUAUAUAUAUAUUUAUAUAUCUAUAUAACUUUAUACCUUUAUUAUUUUAUUAUACCUUAUCUUUUAUUUAUAUUUAUUCUUCCUUAUAUAUAUAUAUAUUCCUUCUUUUAUAUAUAUUACACCUUUUAUAUAUAUUACACCUUUUAUAUAUAUAUAUUCCAACUUUUUAUAUUUAUUUAUUUCAACUUUUUAUAUAUAUAUUACACCUUUUUUUUAUAUUAUAUAUACCUCCAUCCUUGGAAGGCCUCUUAG